AACGCGCGCCCAGGUGUAGUGGACAGCCAUCAGUGCAGGUUUCCUCACCUGUAGAUCCAGCGCAACGGACGUGCAUAUCAACAAGCGGACCGACCCCUCCCCGAGCUCUUGUCCAUCAUUUGAGAGCAGUCACUGUUGAAUUAAUGCCGUUUUAACCAGAUCCAGAGACUGAACAUGUGACAAGACGAAAAAGCGGAAAUAUUUGUUUCGUGGACUGAUUAUUUUUCCUCUCCGGUGAUGGAACCUUAGAUAGAGGGAGAAAUCAGGAAAUCUUAGGGGAAACUUAACUUCAUAAGAGGACAUUCAUCCAAACAGAACUUUAUUUCUUAUCAUCAUGAGCGUUCCCAAGGAAUAUCGUGGUCUCCUGUAUGUUUCAUAUGUUCUUCUUCAUGUGUUGUGCUUGUUUAAUGUGUCGUUUGCAAAGAAGUGCCUACAUCAUGAAGGACCUGUCGUGGAAAUGUGUACUGACAGUGUAAUCCAGGCUCAACAUGCAGUCAUAAUAGAAACUUCUUUAUUUUCCGGAAAAGGGAACUGUGUAUGUACAUUCAAUGUAACUGGUGAUUACCUGGAAAUAGGCCAUCUUGACUUUCCCGAGCAAUGCGGCAAUAAGUUAGACUUCCAUCUAGGAGCGGAAGGAAGUCCUCAUAGUGACGUUCAGUCUAUUGAAUGUACCAAAGUCACGGCAGAGUUCAAUACAACGGAAGUGAAGGAAGGAAAUGUUCUGUUAUCACAAACGGAAUUUGGUGCCGCGGAACCAGGAUCAUCUUGCGUUUCUAUGGAAACGGAUCCAAAUGAGUUUGUUUAUGUGCACUGCGAGGCUGUCGUAGAAGAGAGCACAAGAACCCUGACUUCAGACACCACUACAGACAACAAGCUGACUCCUAUUUCCAUUAAAGAUAUGUUUCAAGAUCAGUCAACUGGAGCGUCAAAUGCAAUUCAGGAACUUCUGAGUAAAUCCGGAUUAAGUCAGGAUAGUAUUUUUAUGGAACCCAAUCUCAUACAGACUCAGUCAAUCAACUCGCUCAAUCUGAUGGACAAAAUGGUCACUCCGGAAAUGAUAGGUGAAGAUAUGACUGCUUCAACACCAAGGAGUGUUUCAUCUCCCAUGUCAACAAAACAGCCCACAGCUGAAACAACUGUAUCUUCUGCAACAGUCCCACAAGAAACAUCAUUACUCGAAACUACUGAACCAACAACAGUCUCUCCUUCAGUUUCUUCAUCUGCUACUCAGGAAACAACUGCUCAGACUACCAAGGGUUCUGCCAUUUUUUCAACUGUUUCACAGAAAACAUCUUCAACCUCAUCACAAAGGUCUUCUACCACCACAACCACUAGUCAUCCGACAACACCCGUUGUUGAUUCUUCAUCUCUCACUUCUACUGUUGCGAGCACCUUGUCAACUUCAACACAAAAAUCUGAAUCUCAUACGGAUGAACACAGUCUCUCAUCAUCUACAUCAUCACCAUCAACAACAAGGAGUAGUUCUAGUUCAAACCCAUCAUCAACCCCACAAGCAGUAACACAGACAACCAGCUUGAAAGUGGAAAAAACAACAGUUGAAGAGAACGUCACACCAAGUGUACCUCCAUCUUCAACAACAGUGUCAAAUGAGGUGAAAACAACAAUUUCAACACAAGAGACAUCAUCUACAACUGCAGCAAUAAAUGUUACCUCGAGAGACAAAGGUUCAGAGACCACAACACAAGAACCUACAACAAAGUCGGUAACACUAGAUGUGUCACCGACUAUGAAAAGUUCAGACAUAACUACAACCAUUUUGUCAACAACUGUUCUGGGACUGUCCUCAAAACAGGAAAAAUCUACAUCUUCCGCACCAAGCUCAGACCUGACGACAUCUGUUUUGUCUUCCACGCCAAAAAGUUUACCCGUCACAACGUCCCCAGUGGAUAAUAUUCCAUUGAAAAUGCCUGAAGUGUCAAAGACAGCACCAUCAGAUUCAGUUGAGACAACGACGACGAAAAUAUUUCCGACCAAAGCUGUAAAAGAUACAGUUUCAACACCAAGCAUGCUGGAGCCAUCAACUCCUGAAAUUGUAUCCACCUCUCAGUACACGUUUUAUACCGCUCUUCCUGACUUAAACGAGCUCUAUUCAGAAGAACUUCAACGCAUAGGGUCUUCUACAGUAUUCCCUGUUCACAUAGCAGAAAUCAAAACGACAACGAAAUCAGAUAUGUUCAAAACAACAAGCUCUCCUGGUGUUCUGAACGAGAAAGCAACAACAGAGGCGAAAAUAACAACAACUGAUGCAGCAACGACAGAGAAGACAACGACAACAGACUCGCCCAGCACAACAUCUGAGACGUCAAAAACAACAGCGUUUGUAAAACCAACAGCAAUGUCCGUCACAGAGGUGCAAUCAGAAACAACAAGCAAUGCUGUUACAAAGCAAUCCAGUACUACAGAUAAUGAACCAUCGGAAGCUCCUAUCACUUCAACAAUAAGAACAACUAAAGAAGCAACAACGAAGGUAGUUUCCAGUACAACAACUGUCAAACCCACAACCUCAACGGCAAAGACAACAACAUCGACACAAACGACAUUUAAACCAACAACAGAAAAGGUUGUCCCAACAAUAGCUAUAAAGACAACAAACGCUCCAGUUGACCAUGGCCAUCAUCAUGAUCAUGCGACUCCAGAACCAACCUUUGUACCAAGCAUCAAACCAAGAGGAGACGUAGAGACGAAGACUGCUCAACCCAUGAUCGUCAACAAGCCUGUCAUGACGAGACUACCUCCCAUCGUCAUCCCUGUUGACGGGACGAAGCAGAUCACGUUCAAGCCGUCGUUCACCCCGGAACAUAAGGACUCGGAUCACUCACACGGUAAAUCACACGAGGAAAGCAAGCCGCCUGCGGAUCUCUCCACGGUGGACGAUUCCGAACAGCUUGAUGACGACACUAUUACAGUUAUCGUGGUCGGGUCUGUGAUCGGUAUCCUAGUCUUCAUCGCCAUCAUCGUCAUUUUGACGACAUUUUUGAAAUCAAGGAGAAAUGCUAGCAAACAGACGGAAGAAAAGGACGACAUAGAAAUGAACGGAGGGACCAAAGGAAUAGAUAAUCCGCUGCUCCAGUUAGAGGAAGAGGAAUCAAUGGCAGCUAAUGGAACAGCCAGUCAUGCCAACGGAAAGGCGAACGGGGUGGUAGAAGGAAAAGUGGAAGAGUCUCCAAAGGAAAUUGCAAAAGACAGCGGUGCGGAAAAUAUCUCAGCGGGAGAGAAGACGACGACAGAAAAUAAAUCUGAAGAUAUCUAGUGAAAUCUGAACCGACAUUGACUUUUUCAGCAGUUAUUGUUAAAUUGUGUGUCUGUUUCUCAUGCGGCGCAAUGAAAAAUGCAGUGAGCCUUAUACCAAAGUGACUCUUUACUUUUUAUACUUGAAAAUUUAAAACAUAUCAUGUUUACAGGGUACACGUUUUAAAUGAACUUUUUUUCAUAUUAUAUCAGACUUUCAGUUUUAGAAAGUAAUACAUCGAUUGCUUUAUCGGCUAUCCAUGACUCGUUUAACUUUUAGAAACAAUGCAAAAAUAUUUUAAUUGAAACAAUUUUUGCAUUCUUAUAUAGGGUAGAUUUGAUUAUAGAUUGUUGAUGAAACAUUUUCUAAAUCUGAGUGUUUCUAGUCAAAUGUGAAUAAUGCACUUGACAUGCUCACUGGGGAUGAACUACUGUAUUUUACCGUAUUCAUGUUGAUGCACUGUGUUAAAACAUAGGAAAUUCACCCAACAUCGAGUGUUAAUAAACGUAGAUUAGUUUC